AUGACUCGAUUUCGGCCAUGCAUCGAUCUUCAUGCGGGUCAAGUGAAGCAGAUCGUCGGUGGCACUCUCGACAGUGCUUCCUCGGCUCUCCAGACGAACUUUGUCUCUCAACACCCCCCUGCUCACUUUGCUCAGCUGUACAGGGACAAUGAGCUCACGGGGGCGCAUGUCAUCAUGCUGGGCCCUGGGAACAACGGCCCAGCGAAGGAGGCACUGCAAGCUUGGCCAAGCGGGCUUCAGGUUGGAGGAGGCAUCAACGACAAAAAUGCGCAGGAGUGGAUGGACGCUGGCGCGGAGAAGGUCAUUAUCACUUCUCAUCUCUUCCCGGAAGGUCACUUCAGCCAGUCGAGGCUGGAUGCAGUGCUUGAGGCACUUGGCGGCGAUAAGAACAAGCUGGUGAUUGAUCUCAGCUGCCGACGGCGAGGAGAGGACUCCUGGUAUGUGGCCAUGAACAAAUGGCAGACAAUUACCGACAUGGAGGUCAAUCAAGAAUCCAUCAAGGCGCUAGAGCCGUACUGCUCCGAGUUCCUCAUCCACGCGGCAGACAAUGAGGGCCUACAGAAAGGCAUCGACGAGAAGCUAGUAGAGCGACUUGCUCAAUGGUGCACGAUUCCGGUUACUUAUGCCGGUGGUGGCAGAAACCUUGAGGACCUAGAGGCUGUUAAGCGACUGAGUGGUGGCAAGGUGGAUCUCACGAUUGGGAGUGCGCUAGAUUGCUUUGGAGGUUCGGGCGUCAAGUUUGACGAUUGUGUGGAAUGGAACAAAAAGCAAGGCAAUUGA